AUGACAUUUCAUGCCAUACAUGAAAUUCCAAAGAUUGAUAUCGAUGCCAGUACAAGCUAUAUGAGUAUUUAUGAUGUUGAGAUUGUAAAUGAUAGAGAUUUGAUGAUAUUUGGAACUAAUUCUUACCUUCACUUUUACCAUUUGACUACAAGGUUAAAAUUGAAAUCAGUUCAGUUGACAGAUUAUGUUUCCGAUGUUCAUGAGCUUGUAGUAGAUGGAUGCUAUCUCUAUUUAACAUCUGGAUCUCGGUUAUUUAAAUAUAAUUUGGAUUCAUUAUUGAAUAUUGAUGACAAUAAGGAUACUAAAGAAGCAUUGAUUUGGGAAAGUCUCCCAAAUGUUCUUUCAAAUUGUUGGGGAUUAGCUCUUUUGGAAAUGGGUUUGAAAAAGUAUGCUUUUGUAAUGGAUUAUGGUGAAGGAAUACUUGUGUUUGAUACUGCAACUGGAAAUCGAGUUGAAAUGAAAAUGCCAAGAAUCACAACUGGAUAUGGAAUUGCCUUCACAGAUACGAAAGAAAUGCUUAUAUCGACCUCAAAUAAUGCAGAGGGACCUAUUCAAUUAUUCACAUACAAUCCCUCUAAUAUGGAGUGGGAAAAAACUAGAGAGGUAAAUAGAGAUGCAUCAAUGAAUUUCAAUACUCCAUAUGGUAUUUGUUAUGAAAAACGAACUCAAUUAAUUUAUCUAAUGGAUACAUUUGCAAAGGCAGUUUUUGUGUUUAGAAAACAGGAUAUGGUUCUAGUACAAAAGUGGGAGCUGAAUCAGUAUUUAUCUGCCCAAACAUUGUAUGGCAUAUCAUUGAAUCCAAAGAAAGGAGAAUUAUUUUUACCUGUUUGUGACCAUUCAGUCAUAAUUAUGAAGUGA